AAAGUUUCGGCGCCUGCGCAGAUUGGGGAAGGUUCUGGAAGACAGUGGGGCUGCCGCCAUUUUGCGGGAAGAGGAGCAGCUCCGGCUCUAGUGCUGCUUUUACUGCUGAGUCUCUGGAAGAUAGCGGUGCUUCGUGUCCCCCGACACACCCAAAGGAACAGGGGGAACCGGGACCCCCGCUGCGGGGACCCGGAACUGGAAUCGGCACCCUCGUGGCUGUAUCCUUCAGCGAUGAAGAUGUUUUCAAGGAUCCGAAUGACUGGUCUCUUGGUCCCCGUAGCCCUGACGUUCAGGGUGUCCCACACUGUGGAGGGAGCAUCGACCUACCGCGGUCUCAGAGGACUCGUGGAAUCCAUUUUCAACCCCUAGUGGCGCCAGAGAGAGAUGAGGGAAUUGAGGUUUCUUCCUCAGUCUUCCGUAUGUGUUAGACUCAUGUUCACUGUGUUGGCGGCUCUGCCCACAUACUCCGUGGCGGUAGAGGAGCAUAGUGGGGCCACAUAGGAGGUUUUAGCAUCGGGACACUGGCCCUCACAGAGAUGCUGCCAAUCUGCUACAAUGGCAUCCGAUGACUUUGAUAUAGUGAUUGAGGCCAUGCUGGAGGCUCCCUAUAAAAAAGAGGAGGAUGAGCAGCAAAGGAAGGAGGUUAAAAAGGACAGUCCCAGCAACAUGACCAACAGCACCAGCAACAUUGGCACCAGUGGCUGUGGUACCGAUGGGAGCAGCGUCACUGACGGGACCAGUGCCACCAAUGGGAAUGGCACGAGUGGGGAGGCAAGCAAGAAGAAGAGGAGCCGGAGCCAUAGUAAAAGCAGGGAGAGAAAACGCAGUCGUAGUCGAGACCGGGAUCGUCACAAGCGGAAAAAUAGUCGGAGCCGAAGUCGAGAUCGGCAGCGUCGCCACCGAAGCCGUAGCUGGGAUCGUCGACAUAGUAGUGAGUCACGAAGUCGAGACUGGCGUCGUGAGGAUCGUGUACACUACAGGAGUCCACCGCUUGCCACUGGGCGUAGGUAUGGACACAGUAAGAGUCCUCAUUUCAGAGAGAAGAGCCCAGUCAGGGAGCCAGUUGAUAACCUGAGUCCAGAGGAGCGGGAUGCCCGCACAGUGUUCUGCAUGCAGUUAGCUGCCCGCAUUCGGCCUCGAGACCUGGAGGACUUUUUCUCUGCUGUUGGCAAGGUUCGAGACGUCCGUAUCAUCUCAGAUCGAAACUCACGUCGGUCUAAAGGCAUUGCCUAUGUAGAAUUCUGUGAGAUCCAGUCUGUGCCGCUGGCCAUUGGGCUGACUGGGCAGCGGCUGCUAGGAGUGCCUAUCAUUGUACAGGCGUCACAGGCUGAGAAAAACCGCCUGGCAGCCAUGGCCAAUAACCUGCAGAAGGGCAGUGGUGGACCAAUGCGCCUUUAUGUGGGCUCCCUACACUUCAAUAUCACCGAGGACAUGCUCCGGGGCAUCUUUGAGCCCUUUGGCAAAAUUGAUAAUAUUGUCUUGAUGAAGGACUCAGAAACAGGUCGCUCCAAAGGUUAUGGUUUUAUUACGUUCUCUGACUCAGAGUGUGCCCGGCGGGCCUUGGAACAGUUGAAUGGCUUUGAGCUUGCUGGUCGACCUAUGAGGAUUGGCCACGUGACCGAGCGACCGGAUGGUGGCACAGACAUCACUUUUCCUGAUGGAGACCAGGAGCUAGACCUGGGAUCAGUGGGUGGACGUUUGCAGCUCAUGGCCAAAUUGGCAGAAGGCUCUGGAAUCCAGCUGCCAACCACCACUGCUGCUGCCGCUGCUGUGGCCCAAGCUGCUGCUGCUCAAGCUGCUGCCCUGCAAUUGAAUGGAGCAGUUCCCCUGGGGGCCCUGAACCCAGCGGCUCUGACUGCUCUGAGUCCAGCCCUGAACCUCGCCUCCCAGGCAAUCGCCUCCCAGUGCUUCCAGCUUUCCAGCCUCUUUACCCCCCAAACCAUGUAAAUUAGUGGCUUGGUCCACUGCCUCCCUGUACCUCUGGGUCCUGCCACUCCCUGCUCCACGUCUACCCUUCCACGGCCCCUUCUCUCCGUUUUGUGGACCAAGCCAUCCUGAGGGCAUGAACACUGAUGGUGGGGGAACUGGGGCCCCCCUUAGACACCAAGAAGGGCUCCUACCCACCGCAGCCCCAGUGGGAAUGGACUCUGCUGAUCAAAGCUGCUGGUCGAAGAGAACAGCAUCUACACUUGCGUUGAACAUCUGUUUGUCUGUGUUUAUCAUCUCCUGGGAUGACCUUCAUUGUCCUUCCCAACCACCUCUUACUGAUUCUUUGUUUCCUACCCCUUUGGAAAGGCCAUAGGGCAUUAACUGAAGGAACUAACUGCUCUCCUCCUUUACCUUUAUCCUGCAGUCUGUCACAGAAAACCCGGAAACCUCUGGUCUGUGAGGACUUUAGAGUGUGAGGGGUUGAACCUUGCUGCUACAGGGCCCUGGAAGGUAGUGCGGACGUGUGCGUUGGGAAGCCUGCCUUAGACCUCAGCUUGGGGCCAAAACUGCUUCUGUGGGCUCAGGGUCUUGCUGGGAGGUGCGGGAAUAGUCUGCCAGCCAUUUUGGAUGUCUUUGGGGCAUUCAGGAGUUUAAUGAAAGGUAGGGUACCUUUCUGGUACCAUCCAGCUUUGUGUAGUUGUCUUUUCCUUUGGCCCAGGGUGGGAGUGUGGAGGGGAGAUGACUGCUCUCCACCACUUCGCUGUGCCUCCGGAGACUGGGCUCAAGCCCAGCUGUUAGAGCCACUCUUGUCCCCUUGCUGGACACCCAUGAGCCCUUCUCACUGGAUUUUAUACCCUGUGUCUGUGUACAUAAAUAUAAAUAUAUAUAUAUAUAAACUUUGUACAAAAGGCAUGCCCCAUUGUUGUGGUGGCUGCUGCCCAUAUAUGUGUGGUCUCAGUCCAUAGUGUGUCUGUCUGAUGUUAACUUCUGAGCCAGCACCACAAAUGGAUCUCGGGAUAUAAAAUAUUUGUAAUGCCAUCGUGUUUUCUUUCCUUUAAUUUUUAAAAAAUAUGAUCUUUUAGAAGAAAAUCAGGCAAGGCACA